CCCUCCCCAGCUAUAAGAACCCAGAUGAGCAGGUAGUCCGGGUCCAUCCCUGAAAUGUUGAUCCUGAGGAGCCGCUGAAGGAACCACGCCGACCGCAGCGCCUCCUCCUCCUCCCUCCCUCUCUCCUCCGCCUUUCUCCCUCGCAGGUGGUUUAAUCUGUCCGGACUGAGAUGUAGUGGAAACGUCCCCUUCCCGCUCGGACUUUUUCUGACCUGGAGCCGCUGCUGAUCGCCGCUUACUUUCUUUCUUACUUUCUUUCUUUCUUUCUUUCUCUCUCCAUGAUGACUUUUGCCAUGCUGCGGCCUGUGACGACGCACUUGAUCUACUCCGACCUGUCCCUGCUGUCCGACGACGACGACAACCGCAGCGAGAGCGACGGCGGCUCGGAGCAGAGCUACGGAGACUCCAGCGAGAAACGCCGCAGGAUUUCGCGCAAGUUGGAAGGAGACUCCGGCGGCGGAGGCGUCAUCAAGCAGAGGAUCGCGGCCAACGCCAGGGAGCGAGGCCGGACGCAGAGCGUCAACACCGCCUUCACCGCCCUGCGGACACUCAUACCCACGGAGCCCGUGGACAGAAAGCUGUCCAAAAUCGAGACUCUCCGCCUGGCGUCCAGCUACAUCUCCCAUCUGGCCAACGUGCUCCUCAUCGGGGACGGCUGCGCCGACGGACAGCCGUGCCUCGGCGCGGUCCAUGUGCAGGAGGAGAGCGGCUCGAAGCAGCCGCGGACCAUCUGCACGUUCUGCCUCAGCAACCAGAGGAAAGGGAUAAAAGACGGAAAAGACUGUUUAAAAAUGAGAGGCCUGGCUCCACUGAGGCUGAGGCGCUGACCAACCAGCAGGGUGUCAUCAGCAAACAGGAGAAUAAUUCAAGCCUUACUCAGGGAAGAGUCCACGCUGGAGAUAACACACACACACACACACACAGAUAAAUACAUGCUUCAUUUUCUAAUCCUCUGCCAAAACUUCAACUUUUACAUUUUUUUUUUUUUGCCAAAUCUCAAUCCUAAUCCUGACUCUAAACUAAUCCUGACUCCAAACUAAAUCUCAAACCUUGAAGGUUCCCUCUCCCUCAGUGGAAACUGGUAGAAAUAUCCCCACGAGGUCGAUGUGUCGCUAACAUUUGUUACGCUCUUCUUUUUUUUUUUGCCAAAAAAAAUAUGUCCCCACAAGUAGGUCUACCAAGAACACACACACACACACACACACAUACACAUGCUUGAUGAAGAGUGCAAAGACUAUUUAUACUUGAUUAAUAACUGAACAUAAGUCUUUCACAGAUGCAGUGCAUUUGUUGGAAACUUAUGAGUUUGGUUUUUUUUUCUUUUGUUUUUUGUUUCUUUUUGUUGUUGUUGUUUUUUUG